AUGGAGGCCAUCCGCAACUCGGUCGAGUCUUUCAAUGUCUACAUAUGCCAGUCAACCUUUGGACGGGUCUUCCGCCUGGAAGGUUCUGGACAUGAGAAGGAGAUUAAGAACACAAAGUUCACAACAGAGCUUCGUGCAGGGCUGACUACCUUCUUCACCAUGGCCUAUAUCAUUGCAGCCAGGAUCCUUUCCGACACUGGUGGUAAUUGCAUAUGUAACGACGUGAACGACCCACUAUGUAAAGUCAAUGUCGAGUACGCUGUUUGCGUGCAAGACCUCAACCGAAACCUCAUUACCGCAACAGCAGCCGUUGCAGGCUUUUCUUCGUUCCUCUUCGGCUUCCUCACCAAUAUGCCCGUGUGUCUUGCCCCUGGUAUGGGUUUAAACGCCUACUUCGCCUAUCAGAUCGUAGGAUACCACGGAAGUGGCCUCAUUUCAUACAACCUCGCUCUCACCGCUGUGUUUUUCGAGGGCUUCAUUUUCAUAUUCCUGUCUUUGAUCGGCAUGCGUCAGUGGCUUGUUAAGGUUAUUCCUGUCUCACUCAAAAUUGCCGCGGCUUGCGGUAUUGGACUAUUCCUCGCCGAGGUAGGUCUAAGUAGCUCUACAGGUAUUGGAGUGAUCAGCGGUGCGACAUCAACUCCGCUUGAGAUUGGUGGUUGUCCAGAACAGUACAAGGAUGAGUUGACCGGGCGUUGCUUGAGUCACAAAAUGACUUCACCCACCAUGUGGCUCGGUAUCAUGUGUGGUGGUAUCAUCACAGCCUACCUGAUGACAUACAAAGUCAAGAGCGCUAUGAUCGCGGGCAUCCUUCUCGUCUCAAUUAUCUCAUGGCCUCGAGGGACACCUGUAACGUUUUUCCCAGACAACGAGCGUGGUAAUGAUCGCUGGAACUUCUUCAAGAAAGUCGUUGACUUCCAUCCCAUAAAUCAUACACUCAACGUUCUUGACUGGAAGAUCAACGCGGCCCCUGGGCACUUUGCUCUCGCCCUCUUCACUUUUCUCUAUGUCGAUAUCAUCGAUUGUACAGCUACCUUGUACAGCAUGGCUCGAUUCUCAGGCGUGGUAGACCCAGAGACAGGAGAUUUUCCUCGAUCAACACUGGCUUAUUGUACAGACGCGUUCUGCAUCUCUAUUGGCGCACUCCUCGGUACCUCUCCCGUUACAGCAUUUAUUGAGUCUGGAGCUGGUAUUGCGGAAGGUGGAAAAACUGGCUUGACGGCUAUGACGUGCGGUAUCUGCUUCAUCAUCUCCAUGUUCUUCGCUCCAAUCUUCGCCUCUAUACCACCAUGGGCAACGGGAUGCACUCUAAUCCUGGUCGGUUGUCUAAUGAUGCGCCAAAUCGUCUCAAUCAACUGGCGCUACAUCGGCGAUGCUGUUCCUGCAUUCGUCACCGUGAUGUUUAUUCCCUUCGGCUACAGUGCAGCAUAUGGCCUCAUCGCCGGCCUGAUGGUCUACACCGCGCUCAAUGGCUUGGUGUAUAUUACCAAGCUUGUGUCUGGCGGUCGCAUCGUACCCGACGAUGAAGAUUCCCGCGAGUUUUGGAAUAUUAAACCACACGGGAAACUGCCAUGGUUCAUCACGGCAGGUCAAGCACUAGCAGACCGCUUGAGUCAUGGCAGCAGCAAAAACAAGAACGAUAAUACAUCCGUCCGGAGCGGUGAGUCCAGUUGGAAAUACCACAACCGACUCAACUCAAAAGGGUCGAAUCGCGAGCUCAACACAGUCGUUGUGCAUCCGCUUCCAACUGACCCAAGUCAGGAAAAGGUGCUGAGAAAGAUGUGA